AUGUCGUUCUUAGGAGGCGCGGAGUGUUCCACGGCGGGCAACCCGCUCACGCAGUUCACCAAACAUGUACAGAGUGACAAUUCUCUUCAGCGGGACCGCCUUGUCGGUAGAGGACCUGGCGGUCUCGAAGAGGGCAUGCGUUCUCGUAUGGCUCCCAAUGGCUCGGACCAGAUGAUGAAUGAAUUCAUGCAUCAACCCGGUCAAUUGCCACAGCCCUUCGCAAUGGAACAGCUCCGACAAGAUCUCCCCAAUCUCCAGAGUAUGACCAGAAGAUCGCCGUCUCCUGGCUGGGCAGCAGAAUUCGAUCCAGGCGAACAAGCCAGAAUGGAGGCUGCCUUUGCGAAUUCAAAGAUGGCUCAAGCACCGCAAAGGCCCGGCGCCUUCUCCCCUCAAGAGUUUGGUCGGUUCCAACAGUCGAGUCCACAUCGUACCGCAAGUCCAGUCACACAAGCCCCUUCACUGUACAGACCGCUGGGAAUGGGUUACAUGAAUGGCGGCAUGGGAAUGGGAAUGAACUAUGGCGCUCAAUACAUGCAACACCAGCCAGAUCAGACCACCGAUAAAGGAAAAGGUCGAAUGGUGGAACUUGACGAUGCCAAUUGGGAAGCUCAAUUUAAAGAACUUGAAACACAACAGGACAGUCUGUCGGAACAGGCCAAUCAAGCAAUGGAACAGGAGCUCGAGGAGAUUGACAGGUCAGUCGCAGCCCCCAUUGACACUUUCGAGGAUUUUGAGAAUGUGUGGCACGGGAUCCAAGCUGAACAUUCCUCUAGACAAAUGAGUGAUGAAGCGGCCGACUUCGAGACGGCCUUUUCGAGUGAGGACUACGCCGCCUGGGACCAAUUUGACUCAACAAUGGGCCUAGGGACGCACAAUCCUUUCGAGCGAGAACCCAUGUUAGGCGAUUAUAUGUUUGAGCAACAGAAUCCAUACCUCGAGAACCAGUCAGCCUCCAGGACAGCAUUUGAACAAGGCCUAGAAAUCCUCGAAGCUCAUGGGAAUCUCUCUCUGGCGGCGUUGGCGUUUGAAGCUGCUGUUCAGCAAGACCCGAACCAUGUCGACGCAUGGGUCCUCCUCGGCGCCGCCCAAGCACAGAAUGAGAAGGAAGCACCGGCCAUCCGAGCCCUCGAAAAAGCACUACAACUAGAUCCGAACAACCUCGAUGCGCUCAUGGGAUUGGCCGUUUCCUAUACAAAUGAAGGCUACGACAGUACUGCCUACAGGACAUUAGAACGAUGGCUUACGGUCAAGUAUCCUGGUGUCCAUCCUCCUGAGAAUCUAUCCGAUGCGUCCGAGGUUGGUUUUACGGAUCGAGCCAUCCUACAUGAACGAGUGGCAGAUCUGUUUAUAAAAGCGGCUCAGCUCUCGCCUUCGGGUGCGCAGAUGGAUCCAGACGUGCAGGUCGGCCUCGGAGUACUAUUUUACGGUAACGAGGACUUUGAGAAAGCUGUCGACUGUUUCAGGUCUGCACUUGAGUCCACCGAGAUGGGGCUCGCCAAUUCGAAUGCCCAGAUUCAUCUCCUAUGGAACAGGCUUGGUGCUACUCUCGCCAACUCUGGCCGAUCCGAAGAUGCCAUCUCGGCCUAUUGCAAAGCACUGGAAGUGAACCCAAACUUUGUCCGAGCACGUUAUAACCUCGGAGUCUCAUGCAUCAAUAUCGGCUGCUACCCCGAAGCAGCUGGUCAUUUACUUGGGGCCUUGAAUCUGCACCGUGUUGUUAGUGAGCAAGGUAUGGAUAAAGCUAGAGAAAUUCUUGGUGAUGGCGAUGGUGGUAUCGGUGACGCCGAACUAGAGCGCAUGAUCCAACAAAAUGAAAGCACGAAUCUUUACGAUACUCUUCGACGAGCAUUCACAGGGAUGGGAAGAAGAGACUUGACCGAAAAGGUCGGUGCUGGAAUGAACCUCGAUCAAUUUAGAGGCGAAUUCGACUUCUAG